UUGAUUUCCUUAUUUAACAUUUUCCCCUUUCAAUUUUCUUUACUAGUCCCUAAAUGAUAAAACCACCAAAAUUAUUUAAUGAACAUGGAAAGUCUAAAGCUUCGUGAAUACGCACACCUUACAUGACCAACCCAACAUCACCGUAUCCAUCACGCCCCCUAGCUUGAUCGACACAAGCUCCUAACUUUUGACCAUGCGUACCAAUAAGCCUAUUUAAGUCCUCCAGAGUCCAGGCUCCCAGAAACUGCAUACACACAACUUCACCCCCAAGCAAUCAACCAUGUCCGUAGUAGAAGAAACAGCUCGUUACUUCCAAGUCCUUUCCGAUGGCUCCGUGAAGCGCUUUGUGCCCGAGAUCGCCCCCGCCUCGACGGGUUCCUCUCAUCGCUUUCUGUCCAAAGAUGUGAGCGUUGAUCCUCUAAAGCCCAUCACCGCAAGAAUAUUUCUUCCCAAAACCCCUGGCUCUGCCGCCCAGGGAAAGCUGCCUGUUCUUGUUUACUACCAUGGGGGUGGCUUUUGCUUUGGCUCCACCGCUUGGCUUGGAUACCACCUCUUUCUCGAAGAGCUAUCCGUUGCUUCCCAAGCCAUUGUUCUCUCCGUCGACUACCGCCUCGCGCCCGAAAACCGUCUGCCAGCAGCUUAUGACGAUUGCUGCUAUUCAUUGGAAUGGCUAAGCAACCAAGUGGGAUCAGAGCCAUGGCUGGAGAGAGCUGACCUUUCUCGCGUUUUUCUCUCCGGUGACAGCGCUGGCGCGAACAUUUCUCACAAUGUUGCUCUCCGGGCGGUUCAGGACAGUGCUUCUUGCGUGAAGAUCAAAGGGUUGCUGCUGAUACAUCCUUAUUUUGGGAGCGAAAAGAGGACCGAAAGAGAGAUGGAGGAUGAAGGGGGUAGCGACGUUACGAACAACGACAUGCUUUGGGGAUUAAGUUUGCCUGAAGGGUCGAACCGCGACUAUUUUGGAUGCAACUUUGAGAUGGCAGAAGUACUUCCAUCAUUUGAAUGGAGGCAGUUUCCUGCAGUUGUGGUUUAUGUGGCUGCUUUGGAUUUCUUGAAGGAAAGGGGGGAAAUGUAUGCUGAGUUUUUGCAGAAGAAGGGAGUGAAGAAUGUGAAACUGGUGGAGGCAGAGGGAGAGGAACAUGUGUACCAUGUUCUUCAUCCCGAGUCCGAAGCGACUCGCUUGCUCCGAGGCCAGAUGAGUGAGUUUAUAAACAGCUUUUAGCUUCUAGGACGAGUCGAUCGAAGCAUAGAAAUCGAUGGAAAGAAGAUUAUGUUAACGUACUGCUGGAAGUUCAGAAAUUAUACAUAGGAAUAUUUGUGGGUCUGGUAAGGUAGUGAAGGCACCGAGUCAAUUAGGCAAUGUAGUAAGGAGAAUAUCAUAUUAUUGUCCUCUGUGUGACUUCGUCAAAA